AUGUUAAUGAGAAUGAAGAGAGCAAUCAUCCUUCCAAUGCUGGUUCUCUUUGGAUCAUGUCUCUACAUCGGAACAUUUCUUUAUCUCAUUGUCAUUGAAGAGUCCCAAGGUAUGCUAUAUCAACAUCUUUACUUAGUUUUGCACUGCCCGUUCUCAGUGAGAAUAAUUCCUUGUAUAGCCGCUUUCACCGUCUAUGAUCGAAUCGCGUCAAAAACGAAAACGGCUUCUUUGCCAUAAACCGCACUCAUAAUUUCCUCUUCGGCACAAGUGUUCCUUCGCCAGUGGAAAAGUAUGAGGCAAAAUCUUCGCGCGGAUGGAGAAACGUGCGUCCUGCAAUGCCUACGAAUGGAGAGUUUUGGAUCCACGCUCUUGGCCGUUAAGAAGUAUGAGUCCAAACAUGAGGCGGAGAAACAGACGUUCUGUAGCGCUACCAAUGAGCGCGGACUAGCUUUGAAAUGAAUUCGAGAUCAACUUCUAACACAUAAUAAUAAUAACAAUCAUCAUCAUCAUCAUAAAUUGAAGAUAAUAAUUGCAAUAAUAGUUAUAAUAAUAGUAGCUUUGAUACUAUGACUAUUAAUGAAUAAAUUGAUGUAAACGAGCUGCCACUGCCCCUAAAUUCGUACCUAAUCGCUCUGACGAAGGGCUAACGCUCGAAACGUCAGCUUUUUUACCCUUUACGGUGGCUAAUUUACGUUUUCAACCCAGUUGUUAACACUAAAUUACUCGCAACAAAAGAUGAGAGGGACCUAGCCUCAGAGGCCAAGUGUAUGUUUAUCUACUCCUUGUUCAUAGUACUGUUUACGUGUCGUGACUGCUAGUAUAAGAUUUAUUGCAAUAAUUUACGUUUUUUAAAUUGUCCUUGAUUUAUAGAUAUGGUUAUGAACGAAAACAGAGGAAAAGAGUUUGAUUUCUCUCCUUCGAACUUAAAAGAAGUUGGAAUAAAGGCUAUUGCUGACAUUAAGUUAGCAGGGAAUAUUGCAAAUCAUAGAGAGCUGGUGACAAACGUGGACGGCCCUAAUGAUGUCGUCAUUCCAGAUCGAACCGCAUCUCAGACGAGUAAAAAGCCAGAACAAGCAGGUCAACAGAAAAGAACACCCAGGAAAUUACCUGCAAAGUUGAUAGAAAGAAAGGCAAGCGUUCAAGUAAAAACCAAACUGCCUUCUGCAAGUAAACGUAAAGACCAUAGGAACAUAGAAGAUUUAUUACACUCUGUAAGCAAUGACAAGUACUUUCCAGUCGAUUCGAUUUGCCCUUUUUUAGGAUUAAAAAUGGAACCGUAUAUUAAAUUCAAAGACAGUUUCCACAAGAGUGGACAUUGCCUCCAACGACAGCCAUCCUUAGAUGAGUGCCAGAAGGCAGUGAGAGAUUAUAAAAUAGAGACUCUUCCUAUUGCAAGAUGCGAGGAACAAACUGAGAAAAACCUUUGCACGAUUAGUGAUAAAUGGCGGUCAGAUCGUAGUGUCAAAGUUAAGGUGCGCUGUGAUGUUCGAAAAUGCGGAGAGAAUCCUAUCUAUGCUGUGAGCUUGAACCCUAAAACUGGGCAACUUGAAGACGAACAUCAUUGGCACAAAUUUGUUUCCAAAGCAGAUAUCGAAGCCAAUCUUCCAUUCGUUGUUAUUCAAAUUUCCAAAAAUGGCCUGAACUUUUGUUUUCUUCAAUGUCUCAAAAACAAUACCUCUCAGGUAAUCAAAGCAGUUCUAAAUUUUCCUCCUGUUCUUGUUCGAUCAAACUCUAAUCAACCCAAAGCGCAUCCCCCAGCCUUGAACAUUAACAUGGUCGUUCUCAGUUCUACGUCUCGACCACAUUUCUAUCGAUCAUUACCCGAAACUGUCGCCACACUACGAAACAUGGUUUAUGACAAAUCAGAAACAGCAUCCGCCUUAGAUUUCGAACUCCUUCAGAGCCUGACGUCAGAUACGGCACAAAAUCUUCAAGCUCUUCUCUCAGGGAAAACCGACAGAGAAGUCCGUGUCCAAGGAUUGACUCUGUUUUCAACAUUGAAAGAGCUAGGAUAUCAAAACAUAUUCCAAACUGAUCAAUGCUGGUUGAGGCAUGACUAUGAAAAUAUGGGAGAAAAAAUUAAGAUGGAAUGGAGUCGCUGUGACCCUGGAAUGACCCAUGUAGCUUGCCAAGCGACUGACGAGCACAAAGUUAACAAUAAACUCGAAGGAAAUCACACGACAACGGCCUCAUGUUUAAACGGCCAUUACGUUUUCGACUACAUCUUCGAUUUCAUAGAUAAAUUUCAGCUUGCGUUAAGAGUUACUAAGACAAAAACACCUUUCUUUUCUCACACUUAUCUAACCUUGACGAAAGACGAAUUAGGAGUCAGAAUAAGGCAACUGGACAAGCAACUGUCGAUGUUUCUACAGACCAUGGCGCGUGAAGAAAAUGCUGUGACUAUUGUAACAUCGGACCACGGCCCAACAGCAACUAAGUACUCAAUGGAUUCGAUUGGAGGAAGAUAUGAAAUGUAUAAUCCCCUUCUUUUCAUUAUUAUACCCAAGCAAUUAUCUCUGAGACUUGGAAAACAGCAAAUGGAAGCCUUGAUUAAGAAUCAACAUCGGCUACUAUCUCACAUCGAUCUUCACGAUACUCUUAUUUCGAUCGGUAAACUCGGAGGCAAUCAGCGUGGGUAUAGUAAAGGACUUUUAGCAGAAAUAGCCAUCAAUCGAACAUGCGCAGAUCUUGGUAUCAGUGAAGAGGCCUUGUGCAAGUGUCGCGGUUGGGAAGAAUGGUUCCCGAAGGAUGACCCAAGAUUCACUUGGAUCGCCGAGUUUGCCCUUGGGGAGCUCAACAACAUACUUCAAGAUGUGAUACAAAAUUUCUCGUUGUUAACUGAGGGACAUGUCAAAUGCCAGAGACUCAUUGGUUACGCCAUUGAAAAGAUUCACCAAGGAAAAGACAAACGUUUUCUUUCACUGGAUUUAGUUACACAUCCUGGAAGGCAGUUAUUUGAAACCAAACUUUACCUACCAAUGAACUUUUCUUUAGAAGCCGGCAACGCAAACUAUCUGUUCCAAGGAAGUAGACAGUUGAUAAAAGUACUUAGCUUUCGAAAAGGAGAUCACCAUCUAGACCUUACAGCUACUGCAAAGAGCGGACCAGCGAUUAAUCUAUGUCUGCAAGAUUUUCACCGAUCGAGCAGCAAGAUGCGAACGAAAAGAAAUUCUAGAGGAGCAGGUACAAAGUAUGACGGAAACAUUUUGCGAACGGCACAUUAUUCCAAACACUUUGGAGCUAGUCCACGAAUUCGAGUACUUGAAGGCGGGAGAAAUGUCUCUUUCUCGUCACGAGAACGCAUUUUAAUCAAACGGUGGCGUUAGAAGUCUUGAACAGCUGUGUUGACAGGACUUUUGUGGUUAAAGUUGAUAUAUCGAAUCAAAAGGAACAUGUGCAUCUGACGAAAAAGCUUCCAAUGCUAGUUCAACUAGCUCCAGGGACUUUUCGUUUUUUAUUCAGUGCUUAUAUAACGGAAAGGGCCAUGAUUCUCAAGCCAAAAAUUGCCUUUAAAGUUGUCAAGGUCAAUGUUUAAGGCGAGUAACUGUCUAGUAAUCUGGAAUAGAAAGUGGUUUCUUUUCCACAGAAAUAGUUUUGGUUUUAACUAUUUAGUCACUCUGACUAAAUUUUACUGGAAAAGGGGAUAAUUUUCCAAAGAAACUGCGGUGCUGCGUUGAUCGGUGUUACAACCAGAUAAUUUGCUUUUAUCUACGGAGUUAAUAAUGUUAACUAGCCAUCGCAUAAGGCUUCUAAAGCUGAGGCUUCGAACAUUAGCCCUUAAUAAUAGCGACCAAUGGCUAGCGCUUGAAAUAUCAGCAUUAUAGACUCUGCAGUGGCCAAUUUACAUUAUCAACUCCGUUGAUGGGACCAAAUUAUUGAUGUACUCCCUAUGCCUUCCUCGCCUACUUCUGGUUUGGUUUUUCGUUUCCGUCACCUUGAUGAAGUAAAUGGUUCGGCCCUUUGUUUCUGAUAAUGACUUCAACUCAGCUUAUCCAAACGUCAGUCUUGGCACUGAGCUAAUACCGACAACAGUCCCUUUCAGGACUAUACAUCACUGGAAAAUUUGACUUCUCGAUCAUUUGCCUAGAUCGCUGCUUAGUGUAACCGCCAGAAAGUGACUGGCGUUUGAAUUUGGGUGGCCAAAAACUUUUAUUAAUUGAAAUCAGUACCUAGAAAAAAUAACAAAAGUUCUCAGUCGUUUGCGUCAUCAAAUGCGCAUUUUACCUGACUUAUGUGCAAGUGCAUGGUCGAUUUCCAGCCCGUAGUGCUUUUCGGCACCCCAUUAAAAAGGGAAGGGGGGUUGUUGAUCCGUUUCACCUUAAUUAUGAUAAGCAUCGAAAAGUUGUUGUUCGGAUCGACUUACGUGAAGUGGCCUUUUAUUUUCACAAGCAUCGUUGAAAAGAAAUGAACUUGAGAGACUGCUUUGGGAGGUAGUCUGGUUUUAUUUUCACGAGGUCUAAAUCUCAGAUACCCAGCAAGAAAGCACUGGAAUAAGAGAUAUUUCUCACCUUUAAACCAAAUAGGACUACUAAACGAAUGUGACACAAAAUUACUAAAAUUAUCGUUGAGUAAAUUGUUCCAACAGUAAAGUAGCAUUAAAUUAUCUCUAUUUACAUAACCAAUGAAUUAUAAAUAUCAAGAAAUUGUGGAUCCUUUCACUAAGUUAGAAACAAGAUAAAGAAUUGGAAUGGUACCUGCCUUAAACCUGUUAUCUCAAUUGUUAAAAAAACGAACCCUGCACACGGAUUUGGCGGGUAAUAAAAAUUAGGAAAACACAAAAAUUUCUUUUUCGAAAAUUGAAAAGAUACAACAUCAGCUUGAUUUAAGCUUCGUGUGAGGCAACAAAAACCUAACGUUAAAAACGUUCGGCUUAAGUAAUGAAGCGCACUACAUUACUGGUUUCUUAAAUGUUUCCAUAGAGAAAACUUCAAUUUUACUGGAGUAUUAGUGCUUUGAUAACGAUUCUGGCGUGAGCGAGCGAGGUUGCACGGGAUGUCUGUUCUUGUUCUACGAAGCAGAAAGGUAUGUCUUACUUUAGUAGCUGAUUGCAAAUUUAGAUUUUGAUUGAGUGAUAGCAAACAAUAUUAAAGCGUUUUCUCUGCUGGAAUAGCUUGACCGACACAUGUAUUGCACCAGAAACUGGAAAGGCGCACUGAAGAAUUUCAUGACAUAAUUCUGUUAAUUUCAAAAGAAAUUUAACUUUGAUUCGAAGACACUGAAUUUUAGAGAGAAACGUUAUAAGUGUUUGAUCGUUUCGACAAACAUAUUAUACAAUGACGGAAGGAAUAUUCCAGCAAAAGGUGACAAUUUUCAGAGCUCUCUGUUUACGAGAGCGAAGGCGACCUUUAUGUUUUUGUAGUCAUGGAUUUAUUGCCAUGGUACUUCUACGUCGUUUGAAUAUUCAGAAAAACAGCUGCACAAAUGUUAACUAAGCGUUUGCUAAUUUUUUUACAAAGAAAUAAAUUGUUUAAAUUUUGGGCUUUAUUUGAAUAAUUCUACAUUCUCUUUGACAUUCCUUAUCAUGGAACAAUGAUUAUAUGUAACAAACACCAGUCCAUUUUAGUGAUGGUUAUUAUUAGAACAUCAGAUAUAACGCCUUUCUUUGACUGUCACGAGACGUAAGGCACUUUCCUAUCAUGUUAUCAAAACUGAAGCAUUCUUUCCACACCAUCGUGCCAAUCACUCUCGUUUUCCCUAACCCUAGUGUUCAGACGAUCAGAACAAUUGUAUAUAAACCAGCAAAUGAUCACAGACGACUGUGUACGAUCGGAACGACCACGAUCGCGUCGACCCUGAUCGGGACGACUACGAUGGGGUCGACCGCGAUCCGUUCGACUACGAUCGGGGCGAUCACGAUGACAAUGACCACGAUCGCGACAACGACGAUUGCGACAGCUACGAUAGGAACGAACUCGAUCAGAAAGACUGCGAUUGCAACCAUCACUUUCACAACGACGACAUGUAUGUCCCAAAAACCGAAAAAAGCUGCCUUCAACAUCGCAUGGCUUAAGUAGAUUUCGACAUCAUACGAUAUCAUCUUAAGGAGUGUGAACAGCAUAAACAAACUAAAAGAUUUGGCCUGGCAGAAGUUUACAAUUUCGUAGCUUAAACUGGACAACGAAAUACUGAAAUCAUACAUUUUGCUUUAAUUUCCUAAGCAAGUGAUCUUUCGAAUCCAACGAACACGUUUGCUCAUACUUAGAAAUCGUUCCUCAGUUGGAAACUAGUUUGACAGAAUGUGUGAUGCUUGAUUCAAAUUAAAAAAUUGCUUCCCCUUUGACAAAUAUUUUAAGCCUCCUGAUUGAUCGAGUACUCCCUGACCGUUUGACUUAAAAUCAAAACUAUAAUAAAAUUCUCGACUGGCCAUCACCACCCCGACUUGAGCACUAAUAGAACAGUGUACGCGUCAUGCUUGUAAUUGGACAGUGUAAUAGGAUAGUUGAAACGUCAUGCCCGUGUAAAUGGACGGUACGCGUCAUGUGUGUUGUCGUGCAUUUCGCUGAAUUAACUGGUUUUUUUAUGAAAAAGUAUAAGCGAUGUCUAGUUUAUUUCUCAAAUUUUUCAUAGUUUUUAUUAGCUGGUAACGGGACUUCGAAUCGUCCAAUUCUGUCUGAAAUCAUACUCGUGAUUAGUAGAUCUGACUCCCACUUCUCGGUCGUCCGAUUUGGAUAAUCACUCGUAAGAUAACGGACCGAAUUGGACUUCACUUGGUCCUAUUACCAUUAGUAAUCAAGCUGAUUGACCAGCUGACCUCGUGGGACCGCCUGACGGAAUUUAGAGUCAGACCGCAUCUUUAAUGCCCGGUUUAAAUUACCUCAACGGUUUGGUCCACCUGGCCGCAUGACAAUCUACAAACCAAUCAACUGACAGACGGACCACCAGACAGAUGGACCUGGACUGAUAAAACAGAUGGAUAAAUCCAAAUUCAGAUUCCAAUACCUGUUGUGAUGAGACAUACAGACAGACAAUGACAUAUAAGUUUAACAGGCAGCAUAGAUGGAAUACGGAUGCGGGAUCGAACGGACGGAAAGAAAUGUAAAAGGGAGUAAGCUUCUGAAGCAGCUGUGGUGCUGCGUCGAUGGGAGAGUAUAACAGGGUAAUUUAGUUUUACCAACUGAGUUGAUAGCGUAAAUUGGCCACCGUAAAGAGUUUAACUUAAAAGCUGACGUUUCGAGCAUUAGCCCUUCGUCUAGGCGAUUGUUUCAAAUGUUUCGCUCUGACAAAGGGCCAUUGUUCGAAACGUCAGCUUUUAAACUCUUUACGGUGGCCAAUUUACGUUAUCAACUCAGUUGUUAAUACUAAAUUACCGGAAAGACAAAUAGACAGACUAAACCGAUAAGAGAGAUAUUUUACAACCAGUCCAUUAAUCAGUGGUGAGUUGGUGAGGUAGCUGAAUAAGCAAUUCAGCUCUUUUAUUACGUAAGUCUUAGCCCUAGUCCUAGUCUUAGUCGAUAGCCCAAGUCUGUGGAUUCCAUUUUGACAAAUUUCUCUUUCCCAACAGGCUUUCUUUCUGCUUGUAGCUGCCGCGGCCCUUGGACUUUACUUUUGGACUACAAGAACGCAAAUGAGGCAUUUUGCUUUGUUUGCAGCAGACAUUGACAGUACCAUUAUAAAAGGUAAUUCAUAUAAAAUUCAGAAUAAACAUGACUUCUUAGCGCCUCGUUCAGAAUCAAGCAUAACUAUAAAUGGAAACAACUAUAAAAAUGCAUGAAUAAACAAGAUCGCAAGAAUUUCACUCAACAAAACGAUCAUUUUCAGAAAAUAACCACGUAUGAUAAAUUUAAACUAACUCUUGAUGUAUAAAUUUAGUUGUCCACUGAGAAAUAUAUGUUUUCUUCGACAAAAGGUGCAUCUGCAGAUGACACGACAUUUUCUUCUAAGUUACCACUAUCAACCACUGCUCCCAAGCUUAAAAGUGUCACUACGAGCCCUGAAAAUUGGUGGGAUGAAGUGGAGGGAGAAAGCAUAACUGAAAGCGCUAAGAACACUGUGAUGCAGGGACCUACUGGGAAUAUUUCUGAGGAUAUGUCACAUGAGAUGGACAAUGAAACUAACAGUUUCGAUCAGCUUUGGGAUUCUGCGUCUGAAAGCGAGCCACUUCCCAGAAAGAACACCGAGAAAUCUUUACCUCCUUUCACCGAUGUUCUGAAGGAAUCUUUGAGGGAAAUGUCUCCAUCUUCUAACAUCGGGAAUGCCAGUAAUAAACAUGAUGUGCCUAGCAAGUCGCAAACGAUAGAUGGCCGCAAUCGUGUGGUUAGCGAAAGAGCUAACGUCUUUGAGACAUUGUUUGAAGAAGACCGGGAAGAUCCAGGGGAGUUUCCGAUAGGGACGGCUUGUCCAUAUAUGGGUAUGAGAAAAUUUAAAAGCACGAAACAGCAGAUGAAACAGAAAGAGAACGUAUCAUGCGUUGCACACGUAUCGACGGAUGAGGACUGUCAAAUGGCAAAUAAAGAAUAUAGAAAUCACCAAAAAAUUCCUCAGUGCAAUGAAGGGCCUGGGAAAGAUAUUUGCUCAAUUGAAGAAACAUGGCGAGCAAGUCCCGAAAGUAAGCUAACAAUUCAAUGUGACCUAUCAAUUUGCAAGGGACAUCCCGUGAGCGUCACGGGAAUUCACCCGUUGGAGGGCGUGGUGGACAAAGAGAAAGAGGGAUAUACGUUUAACAAUUCCACGGCUCUUGAAAGAUUUCUCGGACACUUUGUAAUCGUGAACACGUUACGCAAAUUUAGCUUCUGCUUUCUUCGGUGCAAAACAGGGCGUAAGAAAUACGCCCAGCAAAUCCUGAUGUUUCCUCCGUUAUUAGAUAUAGAGGACUCAGAAUUUCUACCAAAUAAGAAAGACCCCAGUCUAAUAAACAUCAACAUCGUAAUGCUGGAUUCAGUAUCGCGCGCACAUUUUUAUCGUUCGCUGCCUAAAACAGUCAGCACGCUACGAAACGUUGUUUACAAUAAGUCAAUAAACGCAACGGUGCUAGACUUCGAGUUAUUGCAAAGUUCAGCGCCGUUCACCUUUCACAAUAUCAGAGCCUUUAUGUCUGGGAAAAGCGAUUUCGACUACAUUGAGCAUUCAAAUGGCACAUACCAAAUAGAGGUGCUGUAUAAGAAGAUGAAGAACCAAGGUUAUUACACUCUCUUGCAAGAGGAUAGCUGCUGGUUUGACGAGUGGGGAUCCUUAUUCACCAACAAUAUAUUUCAAAACAAGACACCUCACAGUCGAAAGGAAUUCCAAAAUCGCUGGAGCGGAUUUCAGGAUGUGGUAAACGAUUAUCAUGUGGAUGACUACGGCCUUUCGUAUUCAUCAUGUGACGUUUUCAAACAGUACAAUGUAACUAACCAAUUUAAUCGGCCGCUCAAAAUUUGCUUCGGGGGUAAAGUGUAUUCUGAGCUUUUCUUGGAUUAUUCUCUAAGUGUCUUUCAAGGAUAUAUUGAUUCCGGUAAAAGACAACCAAUAUUUGCCUAUACACAUCUGAAUGCCGGACAUGAAGUAACUGGAACCCGCAUAAGACAAAUUGAUUACGCUGUAUCAGGGUAUUUACACGCUAUAGCGCACGAAGAAGACACUCUAACACUUAUUUUCUCCGAUCACGGACCAAAAACCACGAAGUUCUCGUUCCAAACAAUGGAGGGGCGAGGAGAGAUUUACGAUUCGUUGCUAUUUGCUAUAGUUCCAGAAAACGUGGCUAAUAUCCUGGGAUUACGACGCAUGCGUGCGAUGAUCACAAACCAGAAGCGUCUUCUAACAACUUUGGAUCUUCACAACACAGUGAUGUCGAUCGGAGAUUCUGAAAGGUCGACUUCCGAUUCUUAUUUGAAGGAAGGUCUCUUCUCAGAAAUACCAGCCAAUCGUACAUGCGCUGAUCUAUCGAUCAAACCUUCAGCUGUUUGCAAGUGCGAGGGCUGGGACCAAAAGUUUCCUGAUAAUGACCCUCAAUUUAUAUUCCUCGCCGAAUUUGGUUUGGGACUACUUAACAAUAAAAUUCAGGAUGAUUAUCUCACAACUUCCGAUGCUGCCGGGGGGUUUGGAAAAUGCCAACGUUUAGUUGGACAUCGUUUUGAAAAAAUACGCAGGAGGAAGGUUGGUGAAGAGUAUUUUUUGACUAUGGAUCUAAUUGUACUACCAGGGAAGGAGAUAUUUGAAAUUCAAUUGAGAUACCCUUUAGGAGUCUUAGCAGAAAGGCGGAAGACUUUUCCCGCUGUAAUGGGAAAGCGGAGAGUGAGUAUAUAUCGCAAAUACGAGAAAUGCGUCGAUGAACAUGUAAAGGUGCAAUUAUGUGUUUGCGAUUCGCAUCACUAUGGAAGAAACAUAAGCAAUAAUAAUGCGUGGAAAUGGUUCGAGGUUAGAACCGGAUCAGACGUAUUGGAAACCGUGUUUAGAGCAAAUAGUUUUGGUACAAACUCUGAAGUCAAAGACUUAAGUGAGUCGUGCUUGUUAUUAGUAACACGGAAACGUAAAAACCUUAGCGUAGCCUUCGAAGUAGCGAACGCUUGUAAGAGGCGAAGGUACAAAGUCAGAAUUACAGGGAGAGGAAACGGAAAAACCUUAUUAACAAGAAAACUGCCUUUUUCUAUCAUGCUGGAACCAAACACAGUGCACUUUGCACUGAGCGUUCAUUACGUGGAAAAACCUUAUGGUUUUUACCUAAAGACAUCAUUUGUGGGUUAUAAUGUUUGACAUUAGUCCGUCAGCUUAUAGACCAGAAACAUUAAUUUAAACUUAAUUCGAAAACACAUUUAUUUGAUAAAUCAGCAAAAUGAAACUUUUUAAAUGUUAUUACCUUUGCCUAAUGUUUUAAGUGUACUGUAAAUAGAGCCAAAGGGACUGUAAAUAUAUUUUAUCUGUGUGAUUCAAAUCGAUUGCUUUUUCACCUUCUUCCUUUAGCUUAAACCAUUUGAGUUUCAUUUUAUUUUUAAAUUGCGUCGCUUAAUUGGCUUUGUUCCUGUUAUUCCUCCCGUCAUAUCCGUUAGUAUCGGAUUACCAGCUGAUGAAUCCGAGAGAAGUCUCCGAAUCUUUUAGAUAAUGUGGCCAAAAGUUUGCUAUCAAAGGGAACUUUUAUUUUAGAGAAUGACAAAAAUCGACCUCUAGAUAUAAAGAUGAUCCCCCUAAUUAUUUGUCGUAUAGCAGGUUGUUUCUUUCAUUCCGCGGGCUGCUCAAGAGACAUUACCACGUGACUUUGCAGGUACAACCUGUUGCUUUAAGUGAUCAAUCGAUAGAGUAACACUGAUGUGAAAAACGCUCAAUCAGUUAUCUAAGGUGAGCGCCGGCUUCAAUUUGCAUGUAAUGUCUUGGAGAAGAGAGCCUAAGAAUGAAGCAGCUAUUAGCAAUCGAGUGAGAUGACAAUACAAGAGCCUUGUGGGGCCCGAAAAAUAUUACUCAGUACAUCUGUGACCGCCAGACAGACAGAAAAGAAUGAGGCUUCAAUCGAUAGCAAGCUUGCUAGUUCUCCGCAACAAGAAGGUCAGAAGAUUAUCCUUAAUAAGGCGUCUUUUAUCUAAGCUUUUUAACGCAAAAGGAAAAGCUUUUAAGGGAAUUUUUUCCAAGAAAUUGAAGGAUAAUUUCAAAUUGUCUCGAUGACAAAAUGUCGUUCAGGUUGGUUGAAAAGUUACACUUCGCGAUGCAUAAAAUCAAGUAGUUUUCAAAUUGUUUUCAAAAUAUUAUAGAGAGGAUUUACGACUAAAACAGACUCCAAAACACACACACACAGAUGUCUCAGCAAUAAGCCCAUAUCAAGCCAAUUUACUGUACAUAGACACAGUCAGUGACAUAUCUAACAGAGCGUUUUGAGCACCUUGUUUACUUGCUUUAAUCUUUAAAACGCUCCAUGGUGUUUUAUUGUUCGUAGCAAAUUCGUUUGGUUUCAGUAUUUUGCUAUCAAUUGAGUGGAAACAAAACAUUUACCUCACUUCACUUUUCAGAAUCAUCGACCCGUAACUGACCUACACAAUCAAAAUAUCGCCAAUAUGACAGUCGACAACGUGAAAAAAAAUCCGAGUCAAAAUAUGGGAAAACUUGUCGGUAGAAAGGUGUAAUUUUACCCGAAAAAAUAUAGAUAUGAAAAAGGAAAUUGGGUGUCCAAUGCUGCAUUCUGAGAGAUGUGGUUCAAAUUGUUCCAAAACCAUUUUGAUGGCUUCUGCAAUCUGCCCUAAAGUAUCAAAAAGAGCAAUUAGUACUCGUAGGAAUCAAUAAACUAGCAUUUGGCUAGCGGUAGAAAAUUAUUCUUAUCAAGAGAGAUUUUGGGUUUUAAUUGUCUUCUUUUUAUCAAGGCGUUUUUUGUCAUUGUGGUCGUUGUUGCAACAGUCGUUUAUCUUGGCACUGUGAGGGAUUUCUUCCGAAUGGAACAGUACACAGCAGUAACUCCUAAAGAAGACAUGCAGAUACAGGGUAAGUCAGAUAAAGAAGAUGAGAAAGAACAUUAGCGCAACGCUCAUGAGUUUAAGCCUCUGUAUGAAGCAUUUCCUCGGUCAAAGGUGUUGCUUAGCUGAAAUUUAAAAAAUAACUUUUGCUAACUGUGGGAAAGCCUCGAUACUUCACUCUCAACACUAUAAGUGCUUUUGUACAAAAAGUGCUCAGUUUAAGAACAAAAUAUAAAGGAAAUUUCGAGCUCAUAUCGUCAAAAAAAUCAACACCAAAAUUUUGCAAUGAUGGCAUAAAAGAAAAGUAAAGGGGGGGGCCUCCUGGCUCGUGCGCUGAUUUUACUGUCACAUUCAAUUCCCAUUAUUUGUAUUUACAGGGGAAAAUCUCUUUUUGGAUCGCAUUAUGAGCCAGCGGCGUGAAGACGAGACCUUUUUCGGGGAUGUAACAACCAGACGAAAUUCGAUAGCUGGCAUUUCUGAUGUACUGCACAUCGAAACACCAGGAGAAGAAGUAUUUCAUGCCAUGAAAACGGGCAAAAUUAGAAUGCCUCAGGGAAGGAGAAACAAAAAUAUCACGCUAUUACCAAGUGAUGAUAAUGAUGAUGAUGAUGAUGAUGAUGAUGAUGAUGAUGAUGAUGAUGAUGAUGAAGGUGGCGACAGCAAUGCUAAUGAUGACGAAGAUGAUAAUGACCAUGUUAACAAACUGGAUCACAUUGAGGAGACCCAUGAUGACAAUGAUGAUGAUGAUGAUGAUGAACAUCACAGUGAUCAUGACCAUAAUCAGAAGGAUCGUAAUCGAAAGGAAGGUGACGACGAUGACGACAAUGAUAUGGACCAUGACGACAAACUGGAUCACUAUGAGAACAUCGAUGACCACAAUGAUGAUGAUGAUGAUGAACGUCAUAGUGAUAAUAUCCAUAAAAAUAAGGAUCGCAAUGGAAAGGGAGGUGACGACGAUGACGACAAUGAUAGUGACCAUGACAACAAACUGAAUAAUUAUCAGAAGACUGAUGAUCACAAUGAUGAUGAUGAUGAGCGUCAUAGUGAUGAUGACCAUAAUAAGGAGGAUGGCAAAGAUAAGGAAGGUGACACUUGGAAUGAUUUGUCCAUCAGUAGCCGCCAUAAAGGAUCAUUUCCAUUAUCAAAAGAGAGAAUGACGGAUACCCCAGGUAAUUCUAAGCACGACUUGGUCAAUUCUAUACAGCCCACAUCACAAAAAGAGAAGGAUGCAAGAUUUUCUCCUUCGACAAUCGCAAUUUUAAAGGGUUUGUCAUCGAAAGUUAUUCUUAAAGAGAGUCAGCAACCUUUAAUCCCAAAAGAGCUGAACAGUGUUGUCAGUGAAAAAAACUUACUUUUUCAAAAAUCAAAAAAGAUGUUAAAUCUAAGUGAUUCUGAUAAUUUCAGUCAACCGCCAGUUAAUCUGUUGGUAUCUCAAGGCUUCAGGAAUAACGGAAACCGGAGAUCCUCUACAUUUCAUUUAAACAAACCAAUUCCACCACCUAUUGGAUUUUCACCGGCUCCCAGCCUUUCGAUAACAAAAUCACCAUCGCUAUUUUUUAAUGACAAAUCGGUUACACCUAAACAUUACAAUAGAACAUCAGUUUGUCCACUUCUGCAAGUACGAAAACUUAGAAUGUUGCCUGAGAAUGUCCACUGUGUUCCACGAAACCGUAACCGUUCCUUUCAGAGUUGUUUGAAGGCAUUUCAAGACUAUGAUCUUGGAGGCAAACCUCUAACCUGCGGAAACAGUCCACCAGAGGAGCCGAUGUGUUUGAUCAAUAUUAUCAGGCAAUUUCCGAACUUAAGGAUACCAGUUGUUGCGUGUAAUACAUCAUUGUGCGGAACAAAUCCUGUGUACGUCCUAGAGUACAGUCCUAUUUAUGGAAUCCUCGAGGAACGCCAUCUGUGGAAACGCUUUUUCACUUCACGGGGGCUUGAAAAGUACCUCGAGAGAUACAUAAACACAAAUUACACCCUCAACUUUAAUUUUUGCCUUCUCCUUUGUGUCCGCGAAGGUAGGACAGGUUUCAUCGAACAGUUGAUGACAUUUCCCAUAGCGCAAAAAACUACUAGUAGUAGAGUAAGCGAUGAGGCGAAGUUCAACCUUAACAUUUUGGUGCUUGAUUCUGUGUCACGGCCGCAUUUCUACCGAACACUUCCAAAAACGGUCACGUCCUUGAGAGAAAUAGAUCAUUUAGAAUCGUACAACGCUACUGUAAUGGAUUUUGAGUUACUACAUAGCUUAGCUUCGUAUACUUUCCCCAAUAUCAGGGCUUUAAUGUCUGGUAGGAUAGACUUGAGUGCUUUUGGAAGGCAUGAAAAUGAGACUUAUGGUAUAGAGGUUCUAUUUGGAAAAUUCAAACAGCUUGGUUAUUACACAUUGCUUCAAGAAGACAGCUGUUGGUAUGAUUCGUGGGGUUCGCUGUUUACAGACAAUGUAUAUCAGGGUAACAUGCCACGAUACAAACACGAGUUUGCCAACCGUUGGAAAAGGUUUCUUGAAAAGGUCAAGAAUUACAAUGUAGACGAUUUUGGUUUAUCACAUGCUUCCUGUGAAAUUUUCAAGCGCCAUAAAACAACCAAUCAAUUUAACCAUCCGAAGAAAGUGUGCUUCGAUGGAAAACCUUUCGCGGAAUACUUUCUUGAUUAUAACGAGAAGAUUUACAACAAUGUGCUAAAGAUAGGGAAAAAAACCAGACUUCUAUCAUACACACAUCUUAACACAGGACACGAAAUAACUGGAUCUCGCAUACGACAAAUCGACAAAAGACUUUCACAAUACAUUAAAAACAUGGCUAAAAUGGAAGAUACGUUGACUAUUGUGCUUUCAGAUCACGGUCCAAAAACAACUAAAUAUUCAUUUCACACAAGGGAAGGAAGAACCGAAAAAUACGAUCCAUUAUUUUUUAUUGUAAUUCCAGACAAAGUGGCAGCAAUCCUAGGUCGACGAACACUCCACGCCCUAGAGCAGAAUCAAAACCGUAUCAUCAAUACUCUGGAUAUUCACAAUGGGCUUAUGUCUUUAGGGAAAGCAACAAACUCGUCUAGUAUAAAAGACAAAGGCAUAUUUGAUUUAAUUCCUGCUAAUCGCACGUGCGCAGAUUUACCGAGGAAACCUCUGGCGGUUUGCAAGUGCCAAGGCUGGGAAACAAAUUUUCCAGAUAACGAUAAACGAUUUACCUGGCUAGCAGAAUUUGCCCUUGGAACUAUAAACAACCAAAUUCAAGAGCAGUUUCUGAGGGGCGACAAGCAGGCUGGAGGUUAUGGAAAUUGCCAACGCUUGGUUGGAGAGAGCUUUACCAAGAUUCGGCGUCGCUCCCAGGGAAAACAUUACGUCACAACCAUGGAUAUUAUCGUAACACCGGGACAGGAGAUUUUCGAGGUGCAAAUCAAAUAUCCUCGGGUGUUAAAGAACCAAAACUCCUUUGCAAAACUUACAGUUCACGAGCGUGUCACUAUUUACAGACAUUUUCGAAAAUGCGUGGACACCACAGUUAGUUUAGGAUUGUGUGUUUGUGAUAAUAAAAAACAUCCUAAGCAACAAACAAAGCAAAGAUGGAUAAAGAUUAAAAACAGAGAGGAUGUAUUGAACAUCAUUUCACGAUCCAACAGCUUUGGAUCACAAACUAGGAUAAAAGAUAUCCAUCAAAGCUGUCUUCUUCUUUUUUAUAGGAACCGUAGGAGAAGGAGCACUAGUUUUGAAAUUUCAAAUACUUGCAACGACAGAACGUACAAAGUCACUAUUUCUUUAAUAGAAGUUGAUACCAAUAGAGUUUUCGUUUCGCGAAAAGUACCAUUUUCCAUUUUUUUGCCUCAAAGGACAAUUCACUUUCUUUUAGCAAUUAGACGUUUAGGGAAUACAUCCCAUAAUUUUAGGCUGAGAGUAAAGCAUGCAGUGCAAUUUUCAAGGAAUAGAUAGGGUGUGUACUUUUUUUAAUUCGCGUCUUUGCGUGCCAGAUCAUACACGUGACUGUGUGUUUUUGUUUUGUUUCAUCUCUCAUUUGCUGUUCCUGAUGGAUGCUUUUUUAACAAGGGAUAUGAAUGAUAUUGAUUUAUUUGACCUGUGCUAGAUAGUGGAUUACAAAAAAUGAUAGUCUAGUAUGAGAGGAUGUGUUUCUGGAUUGGUUGAUUAGCGUAACAGAUAUUUUUUAUAUCUCCAAUCUUCAAAGAAACUGAAAAAUUUUUGUGGUAAAAAAUUUGUUGCAACUGACGUUUUGAGAAAAGAUUCCUUUUUUUGCAAUGGCAAAGCAUUUGCUAACUGUUGGGUCAAUAAAUACAAAUUUAUUAAUAUCUAGUUUGGUAUAUUGACUAUCAAAGUAAGAAGGGGAGUUUUCUAUCUGUACUAUCCAACGAGCGUAGUGAAGGUGUCUAGUUUGGUACAUUGACUAUCAAAGUAAGUUGAGGAGUUUGCUAUCUGUAUUGUUCAACGAACGUAGUGAAGGUGUCUAGUUUGGUACAUUGACUAUCAAAGUAAGUUGAGGAGUUUGCUAUCUGUAUUGUUCAACGAACGUAGUGAAGGUGUCUAACGUGACAUAGGCCUGCGGCGUUUGAGUGCUGAAAAGACUUAGCGACAAAAUGGCCUUUAAAAAAACGAAGUGGGAUGCAUUACAUACUGGUCACGAUCACUUUUUCUCCUAUUUGCUCAGUCUAAAUGUGGUUGGUUUUUUUAAGAAUACAAGGAAACUAUGUGUACGUGUUUAUCAGCCUAGGUUUGAAGGACGGCAAUGUUAUCCCUUAAACCCACGUUACAUGCCUCAAACAUCGCUUAUCAUUAGGGAGUUUGUGAUGUCACUACGGCGACGUCUGGUAAAACGUUGCUGAAAAACGUAACAUACUUUCCCCUAAGACUUUCACCGGUUAAAACGUUCCUGAAAAAACGUAAUUUGCUUUCCUCUAAGACUUACGCCAAUAGCUCGUGACGCUGACGGCACGACAUCUUCACUUCGGUAUAACAUAUAAAUGUAGUGUUAAAAAGCACGUGUUUCGCUAUUGUUCUGCUAAAUAGAUCUUUUGUUUUGCGACGUUCUCGUUGCUGUCGCCCACGUGGUUUCCUCGUGGUGAGCAACCACCAAAAGCAUAAAGGAGUUCCUUUGCUUCUAAUAUGUUUUCUGUCCGUCUCUGAAGUGUCUUAUUGCACAACUUGACAUGUGUCAUAUCGAUAAGAAAGUACACUUCCCUGGAAUGUCACCUUUAAGGGAGAUCGUCUCUAUUUUGACCCUUUAAGUGACUUUUUUUGUGCGUGCGGUCUAAAACCAAUAAUAGCUGAUUCGGAGCCUCCAAAUUAAAUACGAGGGCAACUCUGCCACUUGCUUUGCAUCACAGGUGAGGUGUCAGUCAACUUGUUUGUCCGAGGAGGAUUUCUCACAUGAUUUUUGCGCGUCCUUUAAGGGGAAAAGGGAAUUAGAUCGAAAGAUAGAAAUUCCAAACUUUAUUAGAAUUCCUCGAUAUAAAAGUAAUCAGAUCUUAAGGCGAACCGAGGUUACUGUAGGUCAUUCAAUAUAGCAGCUUAAGUGGACUCUAACCUAACACUUGGAAGGCAGUUGUGAUAUCCUAUCCAAUGCGCUAGAUUAAAAGGCGUGAGUCAGGAAUCACGGCCGGUAUGUCACGCUAUAACACAUGCCGUUGAACCUUUGUAAUUAUAAAUAACUCUCCGCGUGAUUCCGUGAGGCAAAAGAAAAUUUGAAUUUCAGAAUUCAUUAAGCUGAUUAGAUUUGCCAAUCACCUGCUUAUUUUUUGACGGUAACGAAAUAAUUUCGGCUAUGCUGCUGUGCAUGCGCACGCUCAGAAGGACCUCAAGUUCCACUCCUCUCUUUUCGUUCUACUUUCCGCAUCGCCUCGCAGCAGACCGUUGAUCGUUAUCGCGGUUUCACCACGGUGUAUUUCAGUCACUGUAAAGUGAUUAUUCGUGAAAGUGGAAAUUUCGUUCUCUUUUGGUACGCAACCAUGAAAGCGUUUGUUUACUUCGCGAUCUGCUGCCUCUCGAUAAAUGCAGUUGGUAAGUACUAAAUUGCAUUGAAUAUAGCACUGCUCGGUUAAACGCCUUAAGCUCGUUGAGAGCCGAGGAGUAAUUUGUUAUUCUUUGAGAAACUCAACCGCCCGUAAAAAAAUAUUCAAGUCACUUAGUAAUUGUCUUGACUUUGUCAGACUAAACAGCAACCGGCUAAUUUUAUACACGAUAAUGAAUUCAUGAAUCUAAAUUAAGUUCCACAGUUUUCCUUAUUUAUGAAAAUAGGGACUUGUUUUGUAAGCCUCAUUCAGAUUAUUGUGAAAUGCUCGGAGUUAUGUCUUUCUAACAUACAUCAAGUUGUUCAAUCGUUUUCAAUUUCGUGUUGUUUCAACAUUUUAGAAGAUAUUUAAGGCAAAGUAAACUCCGUUAAGAGCCUGAAUUGUUGAUUGAUACUGUUUCACAGAACGUAGAGCGUUAACAUAGAGUCGUGUGCAGAGAAAGGCGCCGUCAAUAGCGUCCCUCUCUUUUGUUUGCUUGAGUUUUGCGUUUGUUCAUUUGCAGUCGCUUAUUUACGAAUGUUGUUUCCUUGGUGUCUGUUUUUCCUUCGACAGACGCCGGGCCCACACAGUGUCACUCAUGCAUUGAAGCUGACGAAGCCUCUUGCUCUGCAAACCAGGAAAACCAAACCUGUGCCUCAGAUCCACUCUCUCUGGGAACCACUCACUGUGCUUCCGUAGCAAUCUCUUAUUAUGGGAACGAGACUGACAUCCUAAAUGAUAAACUACAUGACGGCUUCAUACGAGGAUGCAUUGAUUGCGGAGGUAAAUUGAUCUCAGCUUAAUCUCCUCUGACAGGCACUUUUAAAUCACUAGAAACUCAUAUUUUUCAUUUUUCUUUCAUUACGAGAACCCACUGUUCCUUAGCGUCCUGUACCGCGAACAGAUCAGACAUAAGAAAUUUCGGGAUAAUGCUUUAGCUCUCGUUAAUUCAGAGACUGGGGUUAAUUGUAAAUAUAAAGUUAACAUUUGAACAGUGUUAGCUUUUGCCAAAUGGUUUCUAAGUGAUUCGUUGGCCAAUCCCGCUAAAGAGGAUAGUAGUAAUUAAUUUUUCUUUCUUUCUUUUUUGUUUGUUUGAAGUGCUAAAGUAGUCUUAUUUCUUCACAAUAUAAAAAUUACAUGUCUGAUGUUAUAAAGUGAAACGUUAAAAAAGUAAUAAAAACGUAGACGAUAGUAAAAGAAAGAGUAAAAACCAAAAAACCUUACCUUGUAAUUGAAAUGAGACGAUUUACAUUAUAAUCUUUAACUCUGGGGCAACGUCAAGAAAUGUUUUGAAAGUUAUAUUUCGUUUCUUAUUUCUUGGGGAUUAAAUUUCAAAGAGGAAGGAAAUCUAACUUUGCGCAUUUAUUUGUCCUGCUUUUCUCGAAGAUAAAACUGCAGCCUGUUUUGCUCUUAUGGGUGCCCUAAAGGCUCAGAAGACAUGGAGCGUGCGGGAAUGUUCAAUCGAGUGUUGUACUGGUAACAACUGUAACAAGCAGACUCCAAACCUUCAUACUGGCGACAGAAAAAGGGUUUUUACACCAGAAGGUAAUCUGAUGGAAACAAAACUUUGGUAACUUUUUGCUGGCCUUUUGUAAGGGCUAGUUACAUGUACAUGCCUCUUGAAAUGUUUAAUUUUCCGAUCUACCAAAGGCUCCUUUGUUUUCCCUGCAUAUUGUCAAACUACCAGUCUUAUUGGCUGGCGUUGUUGACGACUUUAGAGAUUUAAGCACAUCUGACUCUAAUCUUGAAAAGGAAAGACGACUUGAUGCAAGAACUUCUCUAGAAAACAAACUUACGAUUAAUUUAACCGAAGGACCUGUUUAAACAGGACCUUAUGGAGCUGUUUUGCGACAUGCGUGAUUUUGUCUUGUUUGUAACCGCCUGUGUGUACCUUCUAACUCUAUUGAGGUUGAUACAGUACAUGUCUUAUUUUUUUUUCUCGUACCGUCCUACAAGUGUGGAAGUAGACCACUGCCUCGUCGACCUGGAUCAUCCCAAACGUUUAUGGCCUUAACCUUUAACUCCCAUGAGUGACCGUGACAAAAUUUCUCCUUACAAUAAAAAUACAAUAUCAAGCAGACAGGUGAUGAGAAUAAAGAAAAAUAUCAAUCAAAGGAUUGUUAGCUGAUCCAAUACCAAAUUCUCCAUACUGACAACAUGAGAACUGUAUUGCAGGUAGUAAGGAGAAUUGCUAAUGAGAUCUUGGGAGUAAAAGGGUUAAUCCCUUGUCACUCAAGGUUCCUGCUCCAUACCGCAAGACUGCUAACAGUCUGUUGCUGUCACAAUAAGAAGAGAAUAUUAACCCCUCAGUAUAGCAUAUGCCACACUCAUUCUCAGAUGUUAAAUUCUAUAUUGUCCGGGAAAGCAGCUAAAGAUGAACCUCUUUUUAAAAUUACGGUUUACUACUUGUAUUUACGAAUAUUUCUCAUGAACGACAAAGUACGUUAAUACGUGUCCGUUUUCUUUUCUUAUUAGCUGACUGGCCCAAAAAAUGUAACUCUUGCAGUGAAAAAGACGCAGGUACUUGCGCAGCAAACGAACAGAGUCAAACCUGUGUGACAGAUCCUAAGUCACUGGGCACAGGCGAAUGUGCGUCUGUAUUGGGACAAUACCGCGACAAGGAUGGCAAAAUCCAUGAAUCUUUCUUUCGAGGAUGCCUUCAAUGCACACGUAAGUCCACAGACUUAAGAAAAUUUAGCAAUUUUUAAGGGAGCGGGCUAAAAAAAAAGGAGCUCCACGCAAUGGAGGGUAUAGGGGCAUGUUUUCCGGUCAUAUUUUGAAAUCUCUAGGAUUAGAAACUUUGCUUAUUUUAACUGCCCUGAUAUACCAUUCCCUCCAAAGUCACGUGGGAUAAUUACUAGCGAAGGCAGUUUCCCCAGGAAAGAUUAUGUUAGUAAUUUUUUUUUAUAAAUUGUCAGAAGCAAAUCAUAUUAUUUUCAAGAUGUCUUGACUGCUAGUCAUGGCCUAGAGUACUGUAUAAGUGAUCUUCCUAUUACUCUUUCUCACGGACGUGAAGGGCACAAAGCUCACAUGGAUAUUUCUUGUCUCGAAUCGGGGGAAAAUACAUUCUAGCGUAUGCAAUAACGCCGCUUUUGUUCAACGGUUGUUCUCCUAGAUCUCUCUCACCUGGUUUACGUCUCAGCGAGUAAAAAGAGAUUUAUUGUUACAGUGAGCCACCCGUCUUACGAUUUCUUUUUGUUUGUGUUUUUUAUUUCCUGCAUUUCAGACGCAAAACGAGCAUGUUUCAGUUUAGGUGGUUUCUUCAAGAGGAACGGAGGAUGGACAAUGCAACAAUGUGCAAUCGAUUGCUGCCAGACGCGAAACUGCAACACUGGGGUACCAACAAUGACCCCGGCUGCCAUACCUGUGUUCCCAGAGACAGGUGAUGUGAUUUUUCACACUGCUUUUAUAUUUUUUCAGUCUAACCAAGUAGCUACCGUAUUAAGGGAAAUUCUGCUAAGCCUUAGGCAGCUUCACAGGGAGCCCAUCAGAGAGAAAAUAGAAAUGAAAUUCUGGCAUGUUUACAGGCACUGGCGAGUUUACUAGCUUGUACUCGCAUCUUUCUCUAUUUCUUUACCGAGCUCAAAACUUACCAUCUCUCUUAUUUCUAUCUACAAACAUUACGCUUUCGACAUUGCUGAUCCUGGCAGUAUGCAGGACAUGUGUCAUAUGAACUUUGUUAUAGACCUCGCUCACCGUGGAGUCUCUGUGGCUCAGUGGCAGAGCAUCGGAGCACGAAAUCCGAAGGUCUGAGAUUCGAUUCCUCAUGGGUACUCAGAAUUUUUUCUUUGUCCCACGCUCGUGACAAGACGAAAAAAACAUCUUUCUCUUGUUCUUGCAUGUUUACAGGUAAUUACAAUAACUCAAAGCUUGUGAUGGUCAAUGCUCCACAGAAUCCUUUGCAAUUUUGGAUUCUGCCGCCCCAUGUAUGUUCACGACUUAAAAAACAUAGAGGAGUUGACGAUGAUUUCUUUUAAAGAAAAGAUAGAUUUACAAAAUUAUCUUCAGCUUAAGUAGCUAAAAUUUUAAGGAGUACGAAUAGACCCUCUGUAACAAGUAGAAAGAAAAGCCUGCGGGAAAAUGGCUGGAAGAAACUUAUUCCUUAAAAAUAAAUGCAGGCAUCAUGAAGGACCAGGCCAACUAUCAAGUGAAGUAAAUGUUGUGAUGAUUUUAGGAAAUACCAUCUUGUUAAAAGCAACAGCUUUAACAUCGGAUUCAAGCAUUCGUAACCUCUCUUGUUGCCCAGUGGAGCGGGCCGGCAAUAAAGAUAUAGGUAGCCAUUGUUCCGAUUUAAACCUCAAUGUUAAUGAACCCAAUAAUCAAAAUAAAAUCAACUUUCUAACAUGUUCAGAGAUCAGGAGGAGGUUGAAUAAAGUAAUUCAGUUAUGUGUGUACAUCAACAAAGAAUUUGUUUUUUGAUCCAACAGCUGAGUGUAAUAGCUGCUUCGAGACUGAUUCAGCUUCAUGUAAGACAAAUCAGAAGCCUCAGUUUUGCGCUACAAGUGAAGAUUCACUGGGCACGAGUCACUGCGCCUCGAUGGUUGGAUCAUUUCGAGACCAAAAUGGAAACAAAGUGAAUGGUUUUUAUCGAGGCUGUGUGGAUUGUUCAGGUGACUUCAUGAGUAGAAGCCUGUAAUAUAUUAAAACACGCGAGGUAACAAUAGAUCUACUGUAUACUCAAAUGGUUUUAAUGCCCUCUGUAACGAUAUUUCGUGUAAGCUAAAUGAUGUAUAGGGAUAUUUCGUGUGUAUAUAAAUAACCUAUUUUGUUUGUUCGAAUCAUCUUUGUUUAAAAUCAGUUCAAGUGUGACUGUACGAUUAUUUUUCGUCAUUUCGUUUUGCCUUCUUGUGUUUCUCCGAGUUAUCAAAGACGAUACACCCUCGUUUCCUCUGUUCUGAUUGACCAGUGUCCUGAUCGCUUACUCUAGUCUGCCAAAUGCUCUCGUUACUUAAUCGAACAACAGCCUUACAAAGACGCGAUCAUCAGUGUUACAAUUUUAGGUUAAGAGAUCAUGUAUUGACUGGAUUAUGCGAAUCGAAAAGCGGGAAACAUAAACAAAGCCCCUAUUUGAAGCACCCAAUGCGGUAGAUGUUGAGCCCGAAAUUUUAUUGCGAGAUAGUUGAUAAGGGCAAAAUCCGAAUCGUCUAUGAAGCUGGCAUAACAAACGAGAAUAAACGAUUUGAUGAUUUUAGUCCAAAUCUAAAGGCUGUUCAAAACUUUAACUUUUUUUAUUGAUCGACACAUCGGGUUCUAUUACGAUUAAGUAUCUAAAUCCAAUGUUGCGUUUUUACAAAUGCGGCAAUCUCAUUGGCUUCGCUAAUCGCUAUAUAUUUCGUGAUAGAUAGUCGAUAUGGGAGAGGUAUAUCGUUGACCUAUCGGUAACAUCAUUCAAUAAUGUAAAGUGAAACGUACUUACGUUGUCGCCAAACACUUUUCAAAUCGAAUUUUAUUUUUAGCAGUUCACCCUAAGAGAGCUUCAUAAGAAGAAAGGGGUUCAAAACAGUAGGCUCAGUAAAGUAGUUUACUAAAUAUAUGAUAAACCUUGGAACCGAUAGAAAACGUCAGCUUUUUGUCCUUGCGCAAUUUUCAAAGACCAGCAUUGAAUGGUCUCCGCUUAACCCUUUAAAAUUCUCCUAGGAGACAAAGACAUAAUUUCUCCUUACAAUAUCAAUGCAAGAUCGUUAUGACGCAAAAAAGUGAUGAGGAAAAGGAAAAAUAUCAUUGAGGGGAUAAUAAGUUAAUUUAAUACCAAAUUCUCUAAACUAACCUCAUGAUAGGUUAGUUUAUCACCGUGUAUCGCUAAUAAGAUCUAAGGAGUAAGAGUUUUAGGUUGUAUUUAUUAUUUCAGAAAAGAAGAUAGCCUGUUCAACUAUUGGUGGCUUUAUCAAAGCAAAUAGACGAUGGUGGUUGGGUCAGUGCGAAAUCACGUGCUGCACUGGUAGCAACUGUAACACUCAUAUCCCAACGUUGUCGGACGCUACAUCAAUUCAAGUUUUUCAGCCCCCAGGUGAGAGAUUGCCGCAGCUUACCUCCUCCCCCCUCCCACCCCACUCGCCCCUAUCUUGGCAGAUCUUCUUCUUCUCAGUCUUCACGCGCGGGCACAAGCUUUAGCCUUGAUUUUGAAAAUUGACCUGACACUUUCGUGUACUCUUGUUGUCGCUUCCCGAAGUUUUACCUUUUUCGAGACUUCUUAAUUUCAUCUCAAAUUUGUUACUUGUUCGUUUUAGAAUUUUGGAAGUUUUAAAAUCUUAAAUUAAGCCAAAUCUUGUGGUUUUCAUAUCUUUUAUUACGGAGUUGGACUUUAGCCUCUUUUUUCGAAAAAUUAUUUUUAUAUGUACUAUACAAUGAUCGGGCACUCUGUGGCAUUGCAAGAUACCCAUUUGUAGACGCUUCCUCGUAAGAAUUUACCCCUGGAAUCCUGAAGUGGGGGCCCCAUGAGCCACGUUUGACUGAUUACGUGAUCAACUUUGAAAGGAAAAAUGGGCUUUAACACCAACGUACACACGUACAAUUGAAAUACUUAGACGAAAUAAGGAUUGAGAUAUUGUUAAAAAAGCGAAUCACACAUAUCGAAAAAGGAAUUAUGAAAUAAAUCAUGAAUCAUCGGGGUAAAAUGAAAAUAAAUAAAACAUAAAUAAAACGUCAAAUUUUUGUCCCAGGGAGGCACCAAAAGUUUUGACAUUUUGCUAGGAUUUAGUACCGCAAGACAUUUCAGUCAUGUUUUAAUCUGAAUAAACUGGUUAUCACUCUUCCUUACAGCAUCGGGACAAAGUCUGCAAUGUCUGUAUUGCCUCAAAGUUAACAGCGGAAGGUGUUACGACGACAAAGUUCAAGUUUGUGCCAGAGAUCGAGAAUCACUGGGUACCAGGCAAUGUUAUUCCGCAGCGAUCAGAUAUUGGGACGAAUCGAGAUUUCAAUCUCCCUCAAUCUAUGAUGGUUACGUCCAGGGAUGUAUUGAUUCAUGCGAAGGUAAACACCUGCAAAAUUAAACCAAUCAUAUUUAAUAUGAUUAGCUGGUAAUUUAUUAAAACAUCAAUACUUCCUUUUAUCUAAAAAAGAAAGAAACUAAUUUGUUAGGUAUAAUGACGCAAACGAGAGGAAUUUAACAAGGGACAUAUUUCAGUUUUGACCCAUAACCUGAAAUGAGCGGUUAAAAUUGCCAAUAUCAUGGCCGACGACAUAGCUGACACGUUGGGUGGAUCAUUUAUUUUGUUUUUCAUGCAAAUAGUUCCUCGAAAAUGUGUUAUCCUUCUAUUUUUGCCCACGCCUUUUCCUCUUGAUUUAGUUUUUCAGUAGCUAUGAUGAGCCAACUCUUAGUACACACCGAUUCCUUUUAUAUUAAUUGAAGAAAAAAAAAUCACUUCAUAAAAACUAUUUCACCGACCUUAUCACCUUUGUCUUCUUUUCACAGACGAAAAAGCAGCUUGUGCCUCUAUCGCUGGCUUGGUGAAAGACCGUAAACUUUGGACGUUAACAGAAUGUAAAAUUCACUGCUGUACGGGCGACAAGUGUAACACUAAAGAAGUAUUCCUACCAUACGGUGUGUAUUAUUUUAAUGGGAGCAAAUUACAAAUAAUUUUUCUUGCAUUCUAGUUUAUUUUAUUUCAAUUCUUAUACGCGCAAACCUAUAAUCGCCAACAUUUUCGAGACCAUGCAAAUAUUUUCAUUUUUCGUUGGAGCUCUGUCUAUCUUCUGCUUUGCUCUUCCCUCAGCUCUGACUCUAAAUCGUGCCUUUCACUUCAUUUCCUCUCUUUUAUUUGCCUCUUUUUGGUUCAAAGACUUUCUCAUUGUAAAUGUACGCUCUUUCUUCGGUCUUUCUCCUCUUCUUUCCUUAAGUCAACUGGCUAGCGUGUUUUCCGCAAUUUCCUUUCAAAAGCUGGGUUCAAUUUGGCAUAUAUAGCGUUGACCCAAAUCCGGCUUUAUUGGAAAAAAGCAGAUCAAUCCUUGCGAGUGUCGAAUAUAUCGUUGUUUUACUCCCUCCUGACCCUUCUGCCGUUCCCCUCCACAUGAGCUAACAUUAGAAUCGAUUUCCCUCCCUUGCAAGUAUGGUUGAACUGCCAAGGACACUAUGUGCUGCGUUAGGUUCCUCAUAUUACGAUGUGUCGAAAGGCUGAGGAAGCCCUGCCCCAGGUCGCCUUGGAUAUUGGCGACCUAAAAUGGUCCCAGCAUGGACCAAUAUGAUUGCAUUUUCGAAGAACUGAAUACAGAACAACAAAUUAUGUUUUGAGAUGCAACCCAGGAUGAACAAAUUUGACAGUUGUCCACGUUUUGGAGCGUUAUUUCUGAGCUAUUUAUGACGGCAAAAGCUAACGUAAAGUCAUUCUGAAGAUAUACACAUUGCCACAUGAUCGCCAUUCGUUACACCUUUACAUAAUUUUACAUUGCAUGCCACUCCGCCCUUACCUUAUCUAAACUCUAAUGCGGCGCUAAGAACAUAAUACAGUGAAAGGUGUGUAUGCCAAGAUUUAUCUUCAAAUUGCAAUAGCAAAAAGGAAUAUAAAAAUAAACAUACAGGGAAAACAAAAUAUUGAAUUGCAGCUUCUUUUAAGGUCAUUGUUCACAUCUUCUAUUAAUUGCUUUUUCUGCACAGGCUUCAGCACCAAGCGACCAACUGAUUACUCUUCGUUGCCAACUGAGUCAACUAAAACAACUAAAGGAAGUCGCGGCAGUAGGCUCGCGUCGUUCCACGCGUCCACACUCGCGUCGUUUUACACGUUGACAGUCGCGUUUGGUCACAUCUUUCACCGCCUAUAAAAGCAGAAGAUGAGAAAACGAAGAAAGACUGAAAGAAAAAUAGGAAAUAUAGUGAUCUGUUACUGACUUAUUCUAUUAAUUUGGCUGUAACAAGAAAAAAUCAAGCUGUUGAUCCUUUUGUUGGAAUUAUCUUCAUAAAGAAUAAACAGGGCAAACUUUAAUC